GUGCGCGUUCGGCUUUAGAUCAAUGCUGGAUAGUAAAUCGUUUUGAAAAUUUGAUCGUGUCAAGUGGUGUCAAGUUGUUUAAACGAUGUCUAUGAGUUCAAGUUUUCGAAAAUGGUUUACAGGAUUCGGAGCGAUAGGUGGUGCGAUGCUUUUUUAUCCACACGACGAUAAUAAUAACUUAUCACAAAAACAUAAUUCGUGGAUGGCCUUUUCUUCGCCAUGGGUUAAGUGGAAUCAUAACUGGGAUAGACGAGAUCCCAAAAGUUUGGUAAGACCAAUGAAAAUAAGCAAUGAAUCUGAUCAAACUGCAUACAACAAGGAAGUAGCAAAUAAAAUGGCAAAAUCUGUACGUCAUAUAAUUUUAAUUCGACAUGGGCAAUAUAAUAUAGAUGCUAAAACAGACACAGAUGCAAAACUUACAGAUCUUGGUAGACAACAAGCUGAAGAAACAGGAAAGAGAUUAAAAAAGUUGAAUUUUCCAUAUUCUGUACUUAUUCAUUCGACAAUGACUCGAGCAGAAGAAACUGCUAAAAUUAUUAUGGAAAAGGAUUUUAAAGACGUAGUGGUAAAGUCUGAUUCUCUCCUCAAUGAGGGUGCGCCAAUACCACCUGAACCACCUUCACCUAAUUGGAAACCUGAAGUAAAUUUUUAUAGAGAUGGACCUAGAAUAGAAGCUGCAUUUAGGAAAUAUUUUCAUCGUGCCGAUUUCACGCAGGAAAAAGAUUCUUACACGAUUCUCGUCUGCCAUGCGAACGUUAUUAGAUAUUUCAUAUGCAGAGCAUUGCAAUUUCCACCUGAACGUUGGUUACGUUUAAGUUUAAACCAUGCCAGUAUUACAUGGAUCUCCAUUCACCCUGACGGCAUGGUGAAAUUAUGGACGUUCGGUGACACAGGAUACAUGAAACCUCAACUUAUUUCAUGUUAAAAUACAUGUCAUGUUAUUGAAUAAAAACGACUUUUGUCAUGGAUAUUUCGGAUCUUA